AUGGAUGACGUGUGGUUGCGUAGGGCAAUGGAGAACACCUCCGUCGAUGGAAUCUUCGGAGUGUGCACACCGGGAAUCCUCACGGAUUUUUUUGCUGUCCGCCCACAAGCUGUGGACUACAAAUUGGUGGAUGCAUGCUCUGGUCGCUUUGGCGCAGAGAAGCACUUUACUUGUGCCAUCGGGAAUGUGCUUCGAUCAAGGAGAUUCACAUGGGUUGAAGGCGGUGAGGACAAGGUUUGCAGAAUGGUUGGGGCACGUUCGCCUGUCGUACACGUGCACGGCUUUUCGAGAUGCUGCCCCGACUACCUGUCUCCUCAGGCGUCUUGGACCACAUGUUUCAACUUUGCGAAGCAACCUGCGAGGCAGUAUUACAGGUGUUGUUGUUUGCAGCUGCUCUUGGAGCUAGUGCUGGUUGGUGCUGCUGGCGAUGGUGCCGGUAGUGCUGCUGCUUCUGUUGCUGCUGCUGGCUACAGCUCUCGGCGCUAUUGGCUCCUGCUUCUGCGUCUGUUCCUGCUGCAAAUCGUGCAGUCGCUAUUGUUGCAAUUGCUGCGGCGACGUCCACGACGACGACGACUACUGCUAUCACUACCAUCACUACUAUGA